AUGCCUCGCCGUAGUGGCAAACAACCGGCGCAUGUCGCCAGUCCCUCUCCAGGAGAGGACCCAGGCCCGUUCUCCGCCGGACAGGUGCCCCAGUACAUGGGUACCAGAUCCGCAGGAGCGGCCUACACCCCGAUCGUGAACCUCCCAGGAGCCCACGAAGAGGACCCGGGAGAGGGCCCUGCACCAGCGGCCGACCUCUUUGAUUCGAACGCCCCAUAUACAGCGUACGAUUUUGGAAAGGACGCCGCCUUCCUACUGUUCGCCCAGGACGAGAUCGAUGCUGGCCAUUUCGUGCACCUCAAGCCCUUCCUCUCGCAAGCAGCCUUGUCGGCCGCUAGGGCUGUUUCACGCAUGACUAGCGACAAGGACCGUCAAGUCUGGGACGCAGCCUUCACCAGGGACCUCCAUAAUCGAUUGUCGCCUCUGAACCAGGCGGCUCGAUUCGCCGAAGUGGUUCGUCGCUUCAUGGAGGACCCAGUGGUGGAAGCCAGCGCCUCGCGGACUCCUCCCGCGCCCACCCCCCCGGCUCCAUCUCCCAGCCCCAGCUCGGCCAGACGGCCUGAAUCUCCAACGCGUCCCGCGGAAAAUCCGGCGCCAGUGUGGCCGUGGCCGCCGUACGGCCAAUACACCGGUACCACCUACCCGCCCUUCUACCUGCAUCCGCAAUACGGAUACCCUGGGCUGCACGCGCCGCCUCCCGCCCCUCACCAGGACCCUUACGGACCCCCCGCGCCAACUCCUCCCGCGCCGGCGCCUACAGGACCAUAUACUGGAGACGACGUGAGACGCCAACCCCGAUUUGGUGAUUCUGGCGGAUUCCGGCCGCGGUCAUGGAACGACCCGGUGGGGGAUCCCGACGACCAUUCGGCUCGCCGACGAUUGGGCUACGGUGACACCCGCACCAGGUCGUCUCGCGACCCAGGGGACUAUCCUCGGACGUCUUACAACAACCUCCCAGUCUCGACCUUUGCCUUGGACACCACGAAGACACCUAUCCGGGCGUAUAUCAGCACACUCCAAUUCCUCCGGAAGAAACACGGUGACUCAGCCAUCUUGGAACGCCUUGUCCCUGGUCUGAUGAGUGCACCGACUUCUAAUGGCGCCGAAUGGUUCCAAUCUCUGGACGCCCGAUCCAAGGAGCUCCUCAUCGAUGACCUCGACCUGUGGAUCACCAUGCUGGACCAGCGAUUCCGGGAUGACAGAGGAGCAAUUCUUGUCAAGGCGGACGAACUCAAACACUCGUUCGCAGCGGAGGACUCUCUUCCUCUCCAGACCUACAUGGACCGCAAGAUCGCCUACUACACCGAGGCAGGAGAUGUCGAUGAAGACACCGUGGCUCGUCGCCUGGUGAUGGACGCCGACCCAGCCCUGGCUAAACUGGUGGAUGUCAACAGUGGCCGAAAUACCAUCACCGACGUUCGACGACAGCUGACCAUGCGUGAGUUCGCCGCACGACGGGACUGGAAGCUGGCUCAUGAGCAAUCUGUGGUCACGGCCAAUCAGAUCAGCCAACUCACCAGGCAAAUGAAAGAGCUGCGCGACUCAGCUUACAACUCUCGCAAUCGCCGAUCUGACGCAGGCCGUGGCGACAAAGGUUACAACAACGACGAGGACAAUCGGCCGCGCAACCGCGACAAGGACAACCGGCGCGACAACCGGGACAACCGUGGUAAUCAGAAUAAUCGCGGCGACUCUCAUGCGGGAAACAAGUCUGGACGCCAGGACGACAAGUACCGCGACUCUCGUACGGGAAAUGCCAAGUCUGGACAGGACCGCCCCCGCCCCCGUUCAGACCAGAAGGAUGGCUUCAAGAUCAACCAACCUGCCCAGCCGACUGCCGUCAAGGCCUUCCCAACAACCGUGUCCUUUGCUGAGACCACAGACAAUCCGCCCCAGGACCCAAUGGACCUUGACGAUAACCGCUCUGCAGGUUCCGCCGCCGACUCCGACGAUGGCUCUAUGCAAUCCGGCUUUUCCGCUGGGAGCUCGUCAAACUAA